AUGGAAAGUAUUGUUAAGGAUACAAUAAUGAACCAUUUAAAUAAAAAUAAGUUAUUAAUACCAGAACAACACGGAUUCAUUAAAUCAAAAAAUUGUGUAAUAAACCUUCUCGAGACAUUAGACAUAAUAACAGAAGCAAUAAAUUGUGGAAAAUGUGUUGAUGUUGCCUUUUUAGAUUUUUCUAAGGCAUUUGAUUCAGUUCCGCAUUCCAGGCUGCUCUUGAAACUUAAGUCAUUUGGUAUUGUCGGAAAAUUGUUGCAAUGGUGUAAAGCUUUUUUAGCAAAUCGAAAACAGAGAGUUGUUUUGGGACUGUUUGAAUCAGAAUGGGAAACAGUUCGUAGUGGAGUACCACAAGGAUCGUUGGAUCUUGACAUCUUAUUUAACUGGACUAAAAGAUGGCUUAUCAGUUUUAAUAAAGAUAAAUGUAAAAUCAUGCAUUUUGGUCGUGAUAAUCCGAAAAUAAAGUAUAAUUUAAAAUAUAAUGCUACAGAAACAGAGAUUAUUCAACAUGGACUAAUAGUAACGUCAUUGGAAAGAGACCUUGGUGUUUAUAUUUCAGACAAUUUAAAAUGGGAAGACCACAUUGAAAAAAUGCUAAGGCAAAUCAAAAAUUGGGAUAAAAAUUUUAGUAUGUUGUCAAAUGUGCUAACAGGUAAUAUUCCAUUUUUGAAAAAAAAUGGAAUAUUACCUGGAAAAGCUGAUGAUUACAUUUUUGGGCAUUACAUUGUACUGAUUACAUUGUAUUGA